AAAGAAGGUGGGCCAAUGAAAUGGGGCGUCAAGGAAAUAGACGAAAAUGGCACCAACAACCAGUCAUAUUGUAAAUUUGUUGAGCAGCAGAGUAAAUGGACGUUUAGGAAACUACGUGGAAAGAGUGGGUUUGGGCUUGCGGGGCAAUUACCAAUUAGGCCUCACUCGUCGGUGUCCACACUCCAAAAGACGUUCCUUUUCUUAACCCAUACUCAAUACUCCCCCUUUCUCUGUCUGUAUAAUUAUCUGAAGGGAAAGAGAACUUUGGGGUUCGAGAGAGAUACUACGUACUGUGCAUUGGAAAUGGCAGGAUUGAAGCUGUUGAUGAUGGCUCUGGUGGUGGUGGUUGUUUCAGUUGCCACCGGUGCCCGGUGGGUUGGCGCCCAAGUCCACCACGUGGUUGGCGGUGACCGUGGCUGGGAUGUCUCUUCCGACGUCGCUUCUUGGUCCUCCGGCAGGACUUUCCGGAUCGGAGAUAAAAUCUGGUUCACCUAUUCGGCGGCUCAGGAGAAAAUCGUGGAGCUCAGGAGCAAGGCGGAGUACGAGGCGUGCGAUGUGAGCAACCCCAUCAGGAUGUACACGGACGGCUUAGAUACCGUCCCGCUGGACGAGGAAGGGAUUCGCUACUUCGCGAGUGCAAAGCCCGAGAGUUGCAAGAGCGGCUUAAAGCUACACGUGGACGUCCAACCACAACCUCUGGAUCGGGCAAAGCAGGAACCGCUUAUCUUCCUACCAACAGAGCGCUCCGCCGUCGCCACCGCAACUCCGCCCACAACUCCGUCCGCUUCGGCUCAUGUCAGAGAACUCUCUUACGCCCUGUUUGGUGGGCUCUUGAUUGGAUCUCUGGCUCUCUAAUUUGAGCCAACUUUGUCUUAUUUAUUUAGCCCAUGUUUAUGCUUUGUUUCGGUGUAUGCUUUUGGGAGAUCAGUUGUUGCCUAAGUGGGUUUUUGUCCACUCCAGAUUCGGGAUUGUUUUUUAUUAGCGAAUUUGCUAGCUUAAUAGAGUUUUAUUAUUAACGAACCUUUCAUUCAA